CUCGCUUGGAAAUGAAGCCGCUGCUUCCGCGUCGGGGUCAGAGGUCGUAGCCGGCAGGAGACUUGGCUGCUCCGAAGCUGUAGUUGACGGUUCGGUGCCUGCGCGUCAGCAUCCCUCACUGCCUUGCAUGAAUUCUCAGGCCUAAUGAUGGGGCAUAGCACCAUUUUUGCAUUGCAGUAUAUCAUGAGUUCACCCCAGAAAUUGGGGCUGAGAAGCCAAAGAGUGAAACUCCUUUUCAUGAGGACCUUCUACAACCCAGGUCCCAUCCAGCCCAAGAGGAAAACUUCAGCAAAAACUGCCAUCCGACUAUAUCACAGACUCACUGAAAUGGGUCGAGCCCUGGGGCAGAAUUUCCAACAGAGAAUAUCUUCUGUGGCCAAAUCUUGGUGGGACAGUUAUGAAGAGUUCGUUGGGAUAAAUGAAGUUCGAGAGGCCCAGGGGAAUGUGACUGAGGCAGAGAAAGAGUUCAUGGUGGCUCGAGGAAUUGUCCGAAAGGCUAGAGAUGACCUGGAAACUCACCAAGCCAGACUCAAAGAGAUUCGGGAUCGUUUGGAUCGAGUUUCCCGGGAAGAUACCCAGUACUUGGAACUUGCAACUCUGGAACACAGAUUGUUGCAGGAAGAAAAGAGGCUCCGAAUAGCCUACGUUAAUGCAGAAGAGUCAGAACGAGAGAAAUUUUCUCUCUUUUCUGCUGCGGUGCGGGAGAGCCAUGAGAAAGAGCGAACAAGAACUGAAAAAACAAAAAACUGGUCAAUCAUCGGUUCUGUUCUAGGGGCUGUGAUAGGUGUUGCUGGCUCCACCUAUGUGAAUCGUGUACGAUUGCAGGAACUGAAGACAUUGCUUCUAGAAGCCCAGGCUGGACCUAUGAGUCUGCAGGAGGCCAUCAAAGAGCAGGCUUCCAGCCACAGCAUGCAGAACAAGGAUCUCAGUGACGUCAUCGAAGAACUUAGGAGCUUAGUGCACACUGGAAUGAGGGUGUCUUCUGGAGCUCAGGAAGAUGCCGCUUCUAUUGGAGAAGGUCUCAUGUCUCAUAAAGAUACAUACUUACUUUCAGCCUCUUUGAAAGAACAGCUCAGCCACUCUCAGCAGGUCCGUUCACGUCUGGAGAGUUUACAAGAGCAGCUUACUGACCUGGACAAAAAAUUCAGUCAAAUGGUUGCUGAGGUUCAGCUUGUAAAGGCUACAGCCCGUUCUCAGCUUUUAGAACAAGCAGACCAAGCUUUGCUAGACUCUCCACUGGACAGCAGGCAGUCCCUGGUUGCCCAGGGCAUGAUUCUAGAACUGUCAGAUAUGGAGCAGAGGUUGGAGGCCCAAGUCAACAGGAAUUCUGUCUACAGCACUGUGUUAACCUGUACCAUGUUUGCUGCUACGCUGCCAGUGCUGUACAUUCUCUUCAGAGCCAACUAGCUGUCUCUGGAGGAAGCUCUGAUGAGCUGUUGCAUUUGGUAAUGAGCUGGCAGGCGCCUUACUGCUAUGUCCAUCUAAGUCACUUGGAGGUUUCCCAUGGUGAAGCCACCCAGAACCUGCUGAGCCUGGCUCCUGAAAGGGGAGAGAGAUAGGCAACAAGAUUUUCUUUCUCACAUGCAGAUUUACCCUUUUAAAAUUCCAGCUCACAUAUUCCACUCAUUUAUGGGCUUUGCACUUAGAGGACGUGUCUACAGAUGGGAAAGGAUUACGUUUGGGAUUAUGUCAUUGAAAACAAUUUUAAAACUUCAAAUUAGGAUAAUGGCUGAAAUUUACAUGACGUUUUGCAGUUUACACAGCACUUUAUAUAAGUUAUCAAUUGAUCCUCACAACAAGGUAAUGCAGUAAGGAAAAGCUAAGCCAAUUUGGUCGAAGAGAUUGAGAAAGCAGUUUGGCAGUAUGGAUUUAGAACCAUGAAGUUCUAUUAACUUUACAAUUUACCUUCAUAGUCCCUGUGUUCUCUCUAGGUUCUCCCCAGUGUUCCCUCCUGUUGUCUGCAUUUUGUGUCAUUUUUAGUAUCAUGUCACUUUGUGUUGGGAAUAAUUAUUUUUGAUGCUUCAUCUGUCUACUUUUCUUACCUUGAUUUUCAUAUUCCUAACUUAACUUGUAUUUCUCAGACCUUCUUGUGCCUAAAGUGUUUAUGGGGUGUCUAGUCAUUAGAACCUGGGAGUCAAGGUUCCUGUGUGCUUGCCUGCUGGCUGACAGUGGAAUCCGCUUCUCCUUAUGAUUUUGUGGGAAGAGCUCCCCUUGCCUUUUUUUCUUUCAUUCUUUUUUUUUUUCCUUUUAACCUUUUCACUUUAUCCCCCCCCCCACCCCCCAUGAAGAAUCAUUAAUAUCUGAUACUUGAAACAGGGGGAAUUGGGGGUGGGAGAAGUAGGGUGGGUAUGAUAGGAAAGUGUGAAGCCACUGAGUUUAGGUGAUAAUGGAUUGUGUUGAAUUGGCAGCACCAAGAAAGGAGCUUGCUAAACAAACAGAUCUCUGCCUGUAGGGAAAUAGGAUUUGGAGACUACCAAAGGGUGUGUAUACCUUCCCUCUUUACAGCCUGGAGAUGUUCUCUGAGAGUAUCUCAUUUUGCCUAAAGCAAGAUGGGAGGAGAGCUGGCAACGUGUACCUCAUUGAUUGUAUGAACUGAAAAGCAGGAGCUGGGUGGGGUGAAUUCCAGAAGUGGAAGUCACCUUGCUAGUCAGUUAGGGUGGGGGUGGAGUGGGGGGGAAGGCAGAGCGGAUGGUGGCAGAUUCACUUCUGAGCAAACCCUACCUCCACAUGCCUGCUCCAGUACAGGAGGGAUGCCUGCUAUUCUUGCAACCCUUCCUGCUCUAUCAAGCCUCAGAUGGUGGGCUUGCUCUGUAGGCAUGUCCUUUGUGUUGCUGGGUUAGAACUCAUAGUUGAAUAAAAGAUAUGACUAAUAUGGCCAUUUAAAAUUAUUAUCAACAUUAGUUUUUAUUUGGAGUUGUUUUGGGGAAGCUAUAUUGUCUAUUGUGUGGAAGCAAAAUGGAAGGAUAGCACCAUCGGUGGCUCACUACAGUUUUAUACACAUUGUAGUUGUGUAUAAGUGGAACUGGAACUGGAACUGGAACCUGAGAAUAUUCCUCCCAGCAGAAUAUCUUAGCUCUUGGAUAUGUUCUCUCUUUACAGUGGACCCCACCCUGACACUAACCAUACCCUUCCCCUAGGGAAUGUACGGCUUUCUAAAGGGCUAAAGACACAUUAAAUUCAACAUACAUUUAAGUAGUACCUCCUUGGGCAGCUAGGUGGCGCAGUGGAUAAAGCACCAGCCCUGGAUUCAGGAGUACCUGAGUUCAAAUGCGACCUCAGACACUUGAUACUUACUAGUUGUGUGACCCUGAGCAAGUCACUUAACGCCCAUUGCCCUGUUUAAAAAAAAAAAAAGUACCUCUUCUAUACAAUGUAGUAUGUUAGGCACUGAAGAUGUAAUGAAAUAAGAGUUCCUGCAGAACUUUAUCAUAGAAUGUCAGAGGAAGAAGAUUUAGAUGUCUUGUAGCCCUAUAUACCUGAACGUAAAUACCUUCUCCAAAAGAGACCUUCACAACACUCCUGAGUACUACCUGAACGAGAUUAAAAUGUAAUUGGGAAAUAUUUAACAAAAUAGAAAUACAAUAGAACAUUACUUUUUUUUUGUUUGUUUUUUUGUUUUUUGU